AUGGCGGAAAUUGUCGAGAAUCCCAAUUUGAGUACACGUCGAAAAUUAGAUUUACUUUUACAAGAAAUGGACACCAUCUGUCGUGAAAUCAUUUCUCAAUUAUACAAUCCCUCGUCCACAACUUCCAAUCUCGAUGCUAAAACACUCAUCGAUAUGUUCAUUGAACGGCAGAAUUAUCUAACACAACAAAUUCAGAUUGUUCGGCAACAACAGGAGCUCGAACGACAAUUACAGAUCAAACGUGAUGAGAUUCUCAAAUGUGAUCGCGCACUACGCUGUUUACAGACAUAUCUCUUACAAGCAGUUCAAGUACUUUCGUCAGCAGUUUACCAAGCACGUGAAAAAUUAGCGAAUAUUCGUCGGGCGAAAACAUUUCCUUCAGAAACAAUCAUUCGUUAUGCUCAUCAAUUAGCGUCGUGUUAUUCAACUAUUGCACCAGAUAAUUGGCAACAAGGGGAUCUACGGCGACCCUAUCCAACAAAUAUCGAUAUGAGACGCGGUCUGCUCGGUCGGAUUAGUGAACAAAUCUUACAACGACAACAACAACAACAAUUUACCAUAUCAAAUCCAAUGGUCACAUCAGCGACAGUAGUCGAUUCAUCUGCGCCACAAAAUAUAUCGUCUUCUUAUACACCUGUGACGACAGCUGUACGGCCAGUUAAACAUGAUGCGACGUCGUUUGCAUUGGAUAUUUUCUCGUCAACGAAUGAAGAUACGAAUCAUUCAAAUUUCUCAUCGAGUGAUACAGAUUCAAACCCAACAAAGCAGCACUCGAAUAUUACUUUCAUGGCAAGUAUGAUUCCACAUAACGACAAAACAUUAACAUUAGAUUCGCGAGUGACGUUUCAUGAUAACAACUCUAUGCCACGAUUGGGUCUUGGGACAUGGAGAAGCGAACCUGGUAAAGUUCAAAAUAUUGUGAGAGAAGCCAUUCUCAAUCAUGGGUAUCGUUUGUUUGAUGGCGCUUGGAUUUAUCAAAAUGAACAUGAAGUUGGAAAUGGAAUUCAUGAAGCUCUGGAACAAAGCCAAGGAGCAGUCAAACGCGAAGAUCUUUUCAUUACAACGAAACUAUGGAAUCAACACCAUGAACCUCAAGAUGUUGAAUGGGCAGUGCGUGACAGUUUGAAAAAACUUCGCUUAGAUUACAUUGAUCUUUAUCUUAUUCAUUGGCCGGUUGCAUUCAAGAAUAUUUCCGAUAAUUUCUGGUCGCAAAAAGACGGUGAAAAAACACGACUCUAUGCUGAGAAUGUGACACUUGCUGAUACAUGGAAAGCAAUGGAGAAAUUAGUUGAUGCUCAAUUAGUCCGUUCGAUUGGUGUUUCGAAUUUUAAUCAAUCUCAAAUUGAUGAAAUCCUUCGAAUCGCUCGUAUUCGACCAGUUGUCAAUCAAAUCGAACUUCAUCCGUAUUUCAACCAAGCUGAAAUGCGUGAAUAUUGCGCUAAGAACGAUAUUGUUGUCACAAGUUAUUCCCCAUUAUCAAACUUAAAACGAGAGAACGAACGAGAAGAAGAUGCAUCGGCUUUAUACAAUCCAGUUAUUCAAGAAAUCGCCAAGGAAAAACAUAAAACUACAGCACAAAUUAUUAUCCGUUGGCAUCUUCAACACGGUCUUGUUGUUAUACCGAAAACCGUAACACCGGAAAGAUUAGCUGAGAAUGCUCAUAUCUAUGACUUUGCAUUGUCUGAUACUGAUAUGCGUCGAAUUAAUCAACUGGGUGAAACACAUCGUCGACGUUUUGUUAAUCCACCGUUUCUUCCACCUGGUGACAAGCCAGUCUUCGAUAAUUGA